CGACCUGCCAGUGAUGGAGGAAAACACGCUGUUCUCGAACAAGAACUGCCUUUCGCUGAAAUGCGUCCUGUUCCUGUUCUACGGAGGUUUGGGAUGCAUCUAUCCCUUCCUGCAGUCAAACAUGGCCCAGAAGGGGUUCGCCUACAACGAGAUCUACUCGAUCUCGGUGUUCAUCCCGUUGAUGGCGCUCCUGGGCCCGCUGGUGUUUGCGCUGCUCGUCGACAAAUGGGCGAUCGGAAGCGCCUUUGCGUACGGCAAACGGUUGCGUAUCCUGACCGCGGUUACGUUCAUCGCAUCGAUCGUGCUGUACGUGUUGCUGAUGUUCGCUGUUAGCCGGACGCCACCUCCGGAGGUUUGCGCUCCACAGGCUAGCUUCCUGUGUAAUCGCAAGGGAGCAUUUAUUGUGCAAGAGAAAUGCUCGGAAAAUGGCAUCUGUCAUGAUUGGACGGCGGAAAAGCAAGGUAUGUUGAAUUUGGAGAACUGUACGUACACGUGCCAGAAGGAAAAUCAGUUCCCAAGCACCUGCUACGCUCGCCACGCGAAAUCAGCUCAGCUAGCGCUGGAUCCGGAUGACGAUAACGAUGGCAUCCCGGACGACAAGGACGACGAUGACGACAAUGACGGCAUCCCGGACGAUCAGGACGUGGACGACGAUAACGAUGGCAUUCCGGAUUCGUUGGAGGGCAAAAAGAUCUCGAACGAUCUCGACGGUGAUGGUAUUCCGAACGAUCAAGAUCCUGAUGAUGAUAAUGAUGGCGUGCCUGAUUCCGAGGACACCGAUGAUGAUAAUGACGGCAUUCCGGAUGAUAAGGAUCUGGACGAUGACAACGAUGGCAUUCCGGAUGCGCUGGAGGGAAAGUCUACGCCACGUUCAAACGAUCUGGACGGCGAUGGCAUCCCGAACGAGCAGGAUGAUGAUGAUGACAAUGACGGCAUACCGGACGCGGAAGAUCCGGAUGAUGAUAACGAUGGCAUCGCGGACGAUCAGGAUGCUGAUGACGAUAAUGAUGGCAUUCCGGAUGCGCUUGAGCACAAGGCGAAGUUUAACGAUCUCGAUGGCGAUGGCAUCCCGAACGAUCUGGAUCCGGAUGAUGACAACGAUGGCAUACCGGACGCGGAAGAUAAGGACGAUGACAACGAUGGCAUCCCGGACGAUCAGGAUACGGACGAUGACAAUGAUGGUGUGCCGGAUGUGAAGGAUCGCUCGAACGCAAAUGAUCUCGAUGGGGAUGGAGUUCCGGACGCGGAGGACGAUGACGAUGACAAUGACGGUAUUCCGGACGCGGAGGAUCCCGACGAUGACAAUGACGGUAUUCCGGACGCGGAGGACCCGGAUGAUGACAAUGACGGCAUCCCGGAUGAGCUGGAGGGCAAAGCGGUGACGCAUGACCUGGACGGGGAUGGUAUCCCGGAUGACGACGACCCGGACGAUGACAAUGACGGCAUUCCGGAUACGGAGGACGAUGACGAUGACAACGACGGUAUCCCGGAUGCGGAGGAUGUGGACGAUGACAAUGAUGGCAUACUGGACGUGCACGAUCAGGGCCAGCGUAACAAGAACGACCUGGACGGUGAUGGCAUCCCGAACGACGAGGAUCCGGAUGACGACAAUGACGGAAUUCCUGACGAGCAGGACAGUGACGACGAUAACGAUGGCAUCCCGGACGCUGAGGACGAUGACGAUGACAAUGACGGUGUGCCGGAUAAGGAAGAAACGGUGAUCGUAUCGACCGCGGUUGUGUGCGUUGAUGCCGACGAAGAGGACGAGUUGUGUCAUACGUAUAAUGGAGGCGUCAUCCCGGUGAAGGCCAGUUUCGAUGAGCACAGCGAGAAGGAUGAAGGCGAUGAGUGCAGUUAUCCGUUGGAUGGAUUCCGUUGCCCUCUGGAUAAGGCCUGGGUAAAGGCACAACCAGCAGGCUGCAAACCGAUCGUGCAGUGUGAUAUCGUCGAUCCGUACGACGACAGCGACGGCUUGCUGUACGGAGCUACCUGUGACGGUGAUGAAGAUAACGACGGAGACGACGAUGAAGGAGACUCGACCUUCUACUACUACCUUUCGAUCCGAUCGCUGCUGGAUUUCUUCCUGCUGGGUGGACUGACGCUGCUAAACACGAUCAUCGUCAUCAUAACACGCGACCCCAAGUCAUCGGGUGUAGGCGAAUUCGGACGUCAGCUAGUUUGGGGUGCCGUUGGAUGGAUCGUAUUCUUCAACGACGAUCACGAACAACCGUACAUGCUGUUCGUUCUGCUCUACACCACGGCAGCUGUCGUCCUGCUGAGUCCGCUCAAGAUGGACCUCUCACCUGUCGAAGAAUGGUGGCAAUUGCGCACGGUUCCUCAGAAGUUCGUGUCCGUGCCGGCAUGCCGCAAGUACUUCCAACGCUGCUGGCUACCGUUCCUCGUCACGAUCGGUCUCGGAUCGAUGUGGAGCAUCAUCGAUUCGAUCGAUGAAUCGCACAUGACCAACCUGCCCACCGACGCCACCGACGGUGAAGAUGCCAAGGGUCAACAGGUGAGCGCAUUCGACACCAUCGUACGGACACUGCUGACGGCCGGUGAUCUGCUCGCCAUUCCGGUGCUGCUGUACGCGCACAAAAUCAUCAAGGUGUUUGGCACCUGCAAGAUCCUGGUGGGCGCAUUCCUGUCCCUCGUCGUGCGCUUCAUUCUGCUGGCCAUUCUGGACUACUCGCUGUGGGACGUCGUGGAGGAUUGGCUAACUCCGGCCACUCUCGGGCUGACGUGGAUCACGAUAGUACUGCUUUUCCGCGAUCUCCUCCCGCGUAAGGUUUCCGCCCUGGCACAAGCCUUGCCCGUGAUGGCGCACUUCGGAUUCGGUCGCUUCUUUGGUGCGCUAAUCGGCAUCGAGCAGCACUAUCAGCGGUUGGAGAACGACUACGAGAUCCUGGCGGGUGUCCUGUUUGGUUUGACCAUCGUGAGCAUUGUGCUCUACCGCUACCGAGAGAUCGUGCUCAACUAUCUGGGCCAGUAUAUACCGGCGCUGAAACCUGGCGAGGCUAACGGAACCCCUGUCAAGAAGGGCGAAACAAACGUUUAACCGGCGCUCGGCAAAACCAAUACUUUGCGAGAGCAAACCCCGUCGGGAAGACGUGAUACGCGUUGCUUUAGUGGCCGAAUUGUUUACGUAAUAAAUAGUUUAACCAGAAAUGCCACCCGUUCAAAGGAGCAUCGGAGCGUCACGUUUUUAAUUCUUUCUCGAGUAAUUCUUUACACUUGUGGAUAUACGGCAAUUCGAUUUAUUGAAUUCCAAUUGAUCGGCGUUGCAUAAUACAGUACAGUUUAUGGUGUGCCUAAUUCAACCUCUUUACACCAAGCUCAGCUUAGAAUAUUGGUAAUAUUAACCAAAACAAAACAAAAUACCAUGAGAAGUAUUUUGAUGACGAUUUCGUAAAUCUACUGAAUUUACAUAUAAUCUAAUGGAGGU